AUGGCUGAAGAAGCACCCAAAUCGACGAAUGCUCGUGACAUUGGUGAUGACAAUGGUGUAGUCACAACUACGAAAGAUGAUUCUAAACCUGUCAAGGCUGUAGUUAACGAUCACGAGGAUGUGAAAAACACCAUCAAUUCAACCACAUUGACCACCGACCAAGCUACCAAACUUGCGAAACUUAUUGACUUGAUCCCUAAAAUACUUGCCAAAUUAGACAAUCCCAACUACGAUGAAAUAUUCGGAUACAGAAUCAACACAAGCGACAAGCCACAUGUUGAUAUCAAUAUUCGAAAUGAAAUCUUGCUCAAAUUUCUUGCUGCUGAUGACUAUGAUUUACAAUUGAGCACUCAACGAUUGAUCAAGUGUUUGAAUUGGAGAAACAAAUUUCAACCUUUGCAUGCUGCAUUCAAGGAGGAAUUUGACCCAGAGUUGAAUUCAUUAGGUGUCAUUACUGAUUUCUCUAAAGCUGAUGAUAAUUUACAUGUCAUUACGUGGAACUUGUAUGGCAAUUUGAAGAAUCCGAAAAAGAUUUUUGAGAAAUUUGGUGAUAGUGGUGGUAGUGAAUCUGCUGACGAUGUUUUACCAGGAAGUCAAUUUUUGAGAUGGAGAAUUGGAUUAAUGGAAAAAUCGUUACGAUUGAUCGAUUUCACUUCUAAAGACAAUCAUAAAAUUGGUCAAAUCCAUGAUUACAACAACGUGUCAAUGUUUAGGAUCGAUCCAGGGAUGAAACAAGCGACAAAGGAAAUCAUUGAGAUUUUUGGUAGUAAUUACCCUGAAUUAUUGAGUACUAAAUACUUUAUUAAUGUUCCAUUGAUUAUGGGAUGGGUUUUCACAUUCUUCAAAACAAUUAGGGUCAUUAACGAAGAUACAUUAAAGAAAUUUCAAGUAUUGAAUCAUGGUGAUUUGAGUGAAACUUUACCCAAGAGUGAAUUACCCGUUCUGUAUGGCGGUAGCGUAGGUGGUAAUGGUGGUGGUAGCAAUGACAAAUUAAAACCCAAAGGAAGUGAUUUGUUUAGUUUGGACGUCAGUGAUACAAUCAAGUUGAGCGAGUAUGGGGAAUACGUAUUGAAGCAAAAAGCCGAUGAAGAUGAAGUCAAACAUGUGAAUGACGAAGUAGAGUAG